AUGAAGAUAUCCUUAGAUCCGUACACACUUUUCAGACUGUAUGAAUUCGAGACCAAAUUUAAUGUAUGUCCAUAAAAAUCCAUAAAAACCUGUCCAUAAAAAUAAUUUUUUAAUAAAUUGAUUUUCAGAUAGAACCAUUAUUCCAAAAUGAUACAAAAAGUGAUAUAUAUGUCACAUUUUUUAAGGAUACGAAAACACCAAAUCGCGAAAAAGUUAUUGAAAUAUUAAAGGAAUGUUGCAGAAAAAAGGAAGGACCGAUUGAACUUGUUGGAGGUGUUGAUGAAAUGUUGGAGUGCUUUGAAAAGAUUCGUCGAAUUGAACAAAAUGGAAUGAGGUUCAGUUAAAAAUGGCGAUUUACUUGAAUUUUCUUUUUUCAGUGACCUUUCCUCAUUUCCAAAAUAUACUGAUUUUUCUGGUAAAAUUGUUUGUGUAUCAAAUUCUGAUGUUAUCAAACACAUAAAAUGGACCUUGGGAAAGAAACUCGGAGAAUUUUUGGAUUCUCCCUUUAAUUUUCAUAAAAUUGAGAGAUACGUAGCAGAUUAUUUGUGGUGUAUAACAGGGUUGGAUGAUGGAACUAAUAAAUAUCACAAAAUGAUAACCGAUGAUUGGUGGAGAAUCUUGUAUGCGAAAUUGAGCAGUUUGUGCAAUAUUGGACAUUUGGAUUUGAUCAAUCUACAAAAGAAAGAUCGAUUUAAAGAUCCAAAAGAAUCCGAUUUCAAGUUGUUCGACAAGUUUGCCUAUAAUGUACAAAUUAAAUAUUGUAUCCAUAAUUUGGUGCACUUUCUUAGAAUUAACAACAGUUCCAAGAUCACAACAGCGUAUGCUGCAAUCGAAUAUUUUCACAAUGCAGUUAAACCGCUUCGCAAGGAGAUGAUGUUUUUUAGAGAGCCAACAAAAAAGGUUAUCUUAUCACAUUUUAAUUUUUAACAAGAUAUUUUUUUUCAGGCCUCGCCAAACUUUAAACCAAUAAUUCGUCGAUUCAAAGGAGCAAACUAUAAAUUCUAUCUGGCAAAAGAAAUUAAAGAUGCAUUCCCAAAUGAGAAUAUUAUCAUUGAAAAUAAAGAAGAUAUCAAAAACAAACAAGUUUUCAUCGUAGAUUCCUCAACAUUUGAUGGAAUUCUUACAAAAUAUGGUGUUGAAAAUGUUAUAAUAGUCGAAAUUCCGAUUGAAACAAAUUCUCGAAACAAUAUUUAUCCAAUUUAUUGUUCCUAUGGAUUUCAUUGUCGUCCAGUUUGGGAAGCAAUUGAAGAAUUUUUAUACGAGGUUAUAGUUAUUCAUAAAUAUUUCAUGAAUGCAAAUAAUUUUUCCAACGUGUACAAAUUGAUUGAAUCGGAAGUGUUGGAAAGGUUUUUCGAAAAUUCUGAAAUGUAUUUGAUGGUAUGUCUUUUCUUGAUCACAGCUUAUUGUUUCUAGAAAUAUUCAGGGUAAUCUCGCAAUUCCAUUGGAUUUCAUUGAUAAAUUGGAUUCUGCCGCCUUCAAAUUUCCAUUCAAAGAAGCAUAUUCGAAACAUGAAGUUAUGCAAAUCAUCGAUGAACUAGUUGAAAAUCAUCAUGUCGAUGAAAAUGAAAUCAAUGGAAUCAUCGAUAAAGUAUUCGAAGUUAUCCCAAUUGGGUUUCUCAGUUAUAAACAAUUAAACGAUUUGUAUUAUCAAGUAAUUUUGAGAAAUCUUUUGAAAUUCUUCCCAAAAAUUGCAAGAUUGAAAGAGAAUCAAGGAAAAUAUAAGAAGAAUCUGGAAUCGAAUCUGAUUUACAAAGCUGUGGAGGAAUUUUAUGGAUCGAAGAAUAGCUAUAACUAUUCGAAUAGGCAAAGUUCAGCUAGUGGAACAAAACAAUUGGAAGAUUUACAAAAUGAGAUCGUUGAGCUGAAAAAGUAAGUUUCUCAUUCACUGAAAUCAAAUUUUCGAAUAAUCUGAAAUAUUUGAGACGGGAAACAAGUCAUCUUCAAGAAAUCAGAAAGCUGAGAGAAAAUCAAGAAGAAUAUGAAAAGUAAGAAUUUCCAGGAGUUAUUUUUUCUCAAAUUUCUUCAAUCAUUUUCAGACAACAACAAAAGCUAAUUCGUGCAGUUUUCAAUCUUCAAAAGCGUUUGGAUAAAAGUCAAAAUGAUUUGAUUGAUAGUAUCAGUUCAAAUCUGAACAAUUUAUCAUUCACUUUUCCAAAUUCGAGAGAAAUUCAAAAAGCCAAGAGAGAUUUGGAGAAAUUUGAAGAAAAUUUCAAUGUUUUUGAAUAA